AUGGAAUCUUGGCCAACUAAUGAUGCUGGAAGUCGUGUUUCAUUUCAUAGAAAAAAUAUUCUUCGAAAUACAAAAAUUUUUAAAAAAUCGCUUGAAAAUACAAAGCAAAAAUUUGAAGUAGAUCAAGAAUUAAUAAACAAAUACCCAAAAAGAAAUACUAAUACAGAUAAAACUAAUAAAAAUACACAAACACAUGCAAAACCACAACAAAAAACACCAUCAUCGAAGAUAAUAUACCAUAAACCAAAAAAUGAUGACUUCAGCUCAUUAAGGAACAGAAAAUUUUAUUCCUCAACAUCAUCGUCUCUUCGUUCCGAUAACAACAGCAUCCAGAACAAAAUUUCAAGCAAUGCAACAACAACAGCACCUAACGUAAUCCAACGACUUCCACCAAUCGGUGACUUGAUACUUUUCUAUCAUGGAUAUCCGAAACAUCAGUUAAUUAUUGAGGGUGCAUUCAUGGCAAUGCGAAUUGAGAACGGUGAAUGGGUUAGUGAUUAUGAUAGAUGGGCAAUCAGAUCGAGAUUGAGUGUUGAACUUUCCAAGAAAUGUCCACCUGGUUCAUUGGAUUUUCUCAGUUGGCAGGCAUUGGCCGACUUAUGGAGAAGAAUUCCUAAUACUAAUUAUGAAUCAUCUUAUCCAAAACCUUUGUCUCCUUCGACUAUUAAUAUGAGGACUGCUGUCGUUUAA